GAAGGCUGGAAAUCCCGGCUGUGACCCUUUCCCUGGACAAGGUAGCCGAGGUUGGAAUGGGUGGAAAUCAUAGAGCCUCGCACGCGGGAGCGCAUGUACGCCAACCUGAUCACGGGGGAGUGCGUGUGGGACCCGCCUGCCGGCGUCCGCAUCAAACGCACCAACGAGAACCAGUGGUGGGAACUCUUUGACCCCAACACCUCCCGCUUCUACUACUACAAUGCCACCACCCAGCGGACGGUGUGGCACCGCCCCCAGAACUGCGACAUCAUCCCGCUGGCCAAGCUGCAGACCCUGAAGCAGAACACGGAGUCGCCCCGGGCCUCCACCGAGAACAGCCCUGGGCGGAGCAGCAAUGUCAGCCGGGAAGGGAGCACCAGUUCUUCCCUGGAACAGGAGCUGGAAGGCGGGGAGAAGGUGCCGGAGCAGAGCCGACCCAACCGGCAGGCCUCCCAGUUCGCCACCGUCAAAGAGGAAACAGAAAGCUCUUCGCCCCCGGGAGUUUUUGAGAAGGAAUACGAGAUCUAUCGCGACUACAGCUCCGACGGCCAACGCCUCCACUACAGGGCAUCGUCUCUCAGGUGGAACACGGGCACCAAGGAGCGGAUGCUGAUCAAAGUGACGGACCGCGAGCCCAGCUUCCUCAUGCACCAAGGCAAUGGCUACAUACCCGACAACCAGCAGGGGACGCGGUCGCGCAGGCCCUCGGGGGGCCAGCCCUCCCCCAACCUCCAAACCUUUGCCCCUGAUUCGGACAACUCCGUCUUCUUCCCCGAGAGGAAGCAGUCCCCCUUCCUAAAACGGGCCGAGCACAUGGGUAGCUGUUCCCCUCUGCUGGGGCGAGGGGACUCGUUCUGUUCCCCGCUCCAGGCCCAGCACCGGAAGCACUCCAGCGAGUCCCAGCCCUCCUCCCCGCGCUAUGCCUACGAGCCGCCCUUGUACGAGGAACCUCCCAUGGAGUACCAGGCCCCCAUCUACGACGAGCCCCCCGUGGACAUGCAGUUCGAAGCCAGUGGCAGCUACAAAGCUGGUUCCCCGCAGAAGUCACCCGUCCGCAAGCCCCAUCCUUUCCUGCAGUCCCCCAAGCAGGGCUCCAACUCCCCUUACCAGCAGCUGGUGUUGACCAAGCAGAAGGGUCCUGAUCGUUUCAUGAGCCUGGAGUACAGCCCCGCCGGUAAGGAGUACGUCAGGCAGCUGGUCUACGUCGAGCAGUCGGGCUCCAGCCCCAAGAUGAAGACUGGCCUCCGGCACAAAUAUUCUCCCAACCCUAUUGGCGGCUCCUACUCCUUGCAGCACAGCCCCUGUCUGAUGAGGGACCAACGUUUGGAGGUCAAAUCCGGGGACUACAGCAGCAUGGAAGGGGCCGACUUCCGGCACAGCCCCCCGAUCAGUCAGACCUCCCAGGGGGAAGACUCCAUGUCGUGGUCCAGCCAGCAGAACACCCUGUCGUCCACGGGCUACUCCCCCGGCACCCGCAAGCGGAAAAGCAGGAAGCCCUCUCUCUCGUACGACCCCAACGCCUCCUCCACCGACGGCUCAGGGGAGCGGGAGGACGGGCCGCCGGAGGAGAGGCCACCGUCCAGUUGCAACCGGUCCCAGAUGAACCGCACGGAGAGUCGGUCAGUGGAGGCCGAGUCGAUGAGGGGCUUCCCGGAGCCCUUCUUGGCUCAGGCCCGGCUGGCGUGGGAGGCUCAGCAGGCUCACUACCAUAUGAAGCAGCGGAGCAGCUGGGACUCUCAGAAGGACGGCUCGGGCUAUGAGAGCGACGGGGCCGUGCCCCUACCCAUGCCGGGCCCGGUAGUGCGUGCCUUCAGCGAGGACGAGGCCCUGGCCCAGCAGGAGAACAAGCACUGGAAGCGCAACACCUUUGAGAAGCUGGGCUUCCCUCAAAUCCUCCUGGAGAAGAGUGUGUCCGUACAGACCAACCUGGCUUCACCUGAGCCCUACCUGCAUCCGUCUCAGUCCGAGGACCUCGGCGCCUGCGCCCAGUUCGAGGGCAGCCGGCAGAACAGGAACAUGAUGCCUAGCACCAGCUGUGUCUUCCCGACCUUCAACCUGAGGAAGCCUUCCUCGGAGACGGACAUUGAGAACUGGGCCUCCAAGCACUUCAACAAGCACACCCAGGGCCUCUUCCGGCGCAAGGUCUCCAUCGCCAACAUGCUGGCCUGGAGCAGCGAGUCCAUCAAGAAGCCCAUGAUCAUGACCACCGACCGCAACGUCAAGAAGGAGGCCUGCGAGAUCUUCAAGCUGAUCCAGAUGUACAUGGGGGACCGGCGGGCCAAGACGGACCAGCUCAAUGUGGCCCUGGAGAUUGCCACCAAGGGCUGGAGCAUGCAGGGCCUGCGGGACGAACUCUACAUCCAGCUGUGCCGGCAGACCACGGAGAACUUCCGCUAUGAGAGCCUGGCCCGGGGCUGGGAGCUCAUGUCCAUCUGCCUGGCCUUCUUCCCGCCCACCCCCAAAUUUCACUCCUACCUAGAAGGAUACAUUUACAGGCACAUGGAUCCGGUAAAUGAUACGAAAGUGACUCAGCACAUUAAAGAGCUCCUGGAAAGGAACACUAAGAAGAAGUCCAAAUUGAGAAAGAAACCCAAGCCCUAUAUCGAAGACCACGAUGGGGUGGCCAUCAGCACUUACGCCAAGUAUUGUUACAACAAGCUCCAGAAAGCAGCCUUGACCGGAGCCAAGAAGGGCCUCAAGAAGCCAAACAUCGAGGAGAUCCGUCACGCCAAGAACGCCGUCUUCAGCCCUUCCAUGUUUGGAAGCUCCUUGCAAGAGAUCAUGAACAUGCAGAAGGAGAGGUACCCCGAUCGCCAGCUCCCGUGGGUGCAGACCAGGCUGUCCGAGGAAGUGCUGGCCCUCAACGGAGAUCAGACGGAGGGCAUCUUCAGGGUCCCUGGAGACAUCGAUGAGGUCAACGCCCUCAAACUUCAGGUGGAUCAGUGGAAAAUCCCCACUGGCUUGGAAGACCCUCACGUUCCUGCCUCCUUGCUGAAGCUCUGGUACCGGGAACUGGAGGAGCCUUUGAUCCCUCAUGAUUUCUACGAACAGUGCAUCACUCACUACGAGAACCCGGAAGCGGCAAUCGCUGUCGUCCACUCCCUGCCCAGGAUCAACAAAAUGGUGCUCUGCUACCUCAUCCGCUUCCUACAGGUGUUUGUGCAGCCGGCCAACGUGGCCGUCACCAAGAUGGACGUCAACAACUUGGCCAUGGUGAUGGCCCCCAACUGCCUGCGCUGCCAAUCGGACGACCCACGCAUCAUUUUCGAGAACACCCGCAAGGAAAUGUCCUUCAUCCGGGUGCUGAUCCAGCACCUGGACACGAGCUUCAUGGAGGGGGUCCUAUAGCGGCAGUGCCAUCGUGCCCAGAACAGAAUUGGACAUCAUCUACCCAAGU